GGGAAAUAUAUUUUAUGUGUCCGUGCUUCUACCCUCCACAUGAAAAAUACAUCGCUCUUUCAAUCCAAUGGCCUGUGUGCCAAGAAGGUUGCAAUCACUGAUAUAAAGAGACUACGUUUUAAAUAGGGCUUGCAAUGAUCUACCAAAGAUCGGUGCACCGUAGCACAGAAUAAGGAUUCUGUGGCCGUAGGCCGGUCGUAUAUUCCUGUUCAUAGUCGUGGUCGGCCAGUAUUUGUUCGGUCAAGUUCAGACGAAUAAUCAGAAUUCACGUGGCUGUGCACUCACCUCUGCAGUCUGUCGUCAAUCCAUCACGUAGCAUGGCUUGUUUGAAAUGGAUCAACUCGAGUUGAAUAUUGAUCAGAUCAUUGACAGCAACAUAAUGUUAAAAACAUCGGAGAGAACUGACAAGGAAUCUGUAAUGGAAUCUUCCUUGAAAAAAAGGCCUUUAAAUCUGCAAGAUCUGGUCAGUGACAUAAAUCUAAGGUGUGAUGAUACUGAAGCCAAUUUCACCUUAGGAGAUAUCUCUGAAAGUGAAGAAAUCUGGGUAUUGGAUGUGCCUAAAACGAUCAACCCUAAAAACUUCAGAGGACAGACAAUAAAACUUGGGGAAAAAAACAACUUCGAAAUUGGGAAUGAUAUGUACGAAACAUGUUCUCUUCGAAGUCAUGAUGCUCAAUACUUAUCUCUUGUUUUUAAUACUGGUACACAAAAGAGACCUUAUAAAACAGUUAAUGUGAAACCAACAGGAUUCUUGCAGAUUCGUCAAAAGCUCAAACGUGUUCUGAAUGUUGAUUUGGCAUCGCAAAAGAACGCUGGCGUUCCAUUUCCCAGGAAUCUUAAAGUCAGACACCCUUUAUUUGGUCAUGACUACAGUGGAAAACUACUUCCAGCUCCAAAGAAAAAUAGGGCGUAGAAAUUGAUUUCUCAGAAUUCUCCGUUCAGUUAUACAUCUUAUACUAAAGAUGACAAUUUAAUACUUCUCUCAU